AUUGGGAGACCUCCAAAUCUAUAGCGUGUUCUGCAGGGAUGGAGACGAGAGAUAGAGCUCGCUAUUACACACAUACACACAACCACACACGAACAAGGACACACACACACGAAAACAGACACACACGAAAACCCACACGCACACACACAGACGUACACACAGAGUCGUACACACACAUACACACACUGUACACAGGCUGCCGUUGGACCUCCAGGUUGAUGCUUGGUUCCUGCCCCACAUAUUGGCUCGUCAUCGAGAGAUUCCCCCUGCUGCUGCGUGCGUAAUACUCUCCAGGUCCGUCCGUGGUGCCUUCCAGGUCUGCCCAUUCGGAUUCCUCUCGCUAAACGGAAUAUGCGUGAUUGCACGAUUCGUUAUAAGGCGAGGCACUGCUGAGCGCUGUCGGGGGAAUCUCAGUCCACGCCGCGGAUCGUUUUUUUUUGGAUGAAAGCAACGUAAGCGGGAUUUCCUUUUUUUCCUCAGCCUUCUGCUCGUUUUGAACAUUUGACAGCUCGGUUGGGUGGAGUCAAUCCGGAAUUCUUCACAUUGGAAUCGCUGGCACACACACACAUUUCAGCAGCACCAUGAAGGACUGCAUCGUCAACAACAGCACAGCCAGCAUCUCCCAAGCCAGGAAAGCGGUGGAACAGCUGAAGAUGGAGGCCUGCAUGGACCGGAUAAAGGUGUCCAAAGCAGCGGCCGACCUGAUGGCGUACUGUGACGCCCACAUACGCGAUGACCCGCUCAUCGUGCCCGUCCCCGCCUCUGAGAACCCCUUCAGGGAGAAGAAGUUCUUCUGCACCAUCCUCUGAUGCCCCUCCCCCGGCCCCGCCCACACCCCUGGCUCCGCCUUCUGCCUGUUAAAGAAACGUGUUCAUGUUUUUGGGGCAUGGCAUUGCCUGGCUUCACCGUCUUCACCAUAACGGAAGCUAAUGACCUCUUUGGCGUUGGGUUGGCUCAUUUUCUCCCUCCCUUCCCUUCCCCCCUCCCCCCCCCCCCCCCUUCCCCAGGCGGACACACUGUUGGUUGGUCAGAUAUGCCCCGCCCCUAACCCCCAACCCCGCCCCGCCCCGCCCCCACGUGUUGCUGAAAGGUUAGGGAAAGGGGGAUUCGGCUCCAAACUGGCAACCCAGUGAGCGUAUUAUGUCUUGUUCAAUAGGUUUGUUUAUUGCUUUGCUAUUAGAGAACAGCCUUGCUCACAGUGCUUAAUGAGAUGAGACAUGUUUUUUAUUAUGAUGACUCUUAUUAUGAUUAUUAUUAUUAUUAUUAAUAUCGUGCUAGAUCGUACAUGCCUCAGGAAACAGACAUGUCGCCCAGUGUUUUGGUUUAUCGCCCACAAGCUUUUAUUAUGCUUCAUGGUCAUGAACACAUUUUUAUCUUGCAAAUAGUUAUUUAACAUUGUGUGAGUGUUAUUUCCUCAUUCAAGGCUAAUUAAGUACAAUGGAAAUGAGAUGAGGAUUAAGUUUUACACUCAGCCUCACCCAGCUUUAUAGAUUAUCCCAUUCUCCCCGAAGGCUGUGAAACACAUCAACCCUAGUGUGAUAAAUAUGUCUGAGUAGGCCUAUUAGGACACACAUAGGUCACAUUCAACAGCAAAUCCAUCAUUAGGUUAAUUGGUGGUGGUUAAUUAAGAGGUAUUACUGUGCUACGCACCAAAACACUAACAGUGAUCUAGUCCAACUUUUCAAUUUUCAGUUUUUUACUUCAUGUAGACCAAUAUACAAUAUUUUUUUCCGAAUGUAAUUUUCAGUUAAUCCAGUAUAGUUUUAUCACGCUACAUACGGUUAAGUACCAGUGUGGAGCCUUCUUAGUUUACUACUUCCCCGCCUUCUGGUUUGUGUUGUGGGCAUGUUACCUGAGCGUGGCGUUCCGUGGGGCCGUGGCCGGGCCCCUCAGAGGGCAGGGCACCGGGGCGGGAGCUCACAGCGCCCCCUUGCGGAGGCCUCUGCAUGUUGCUGUCUGGAGCCCCGACAGCUCUUUUAGAGUGUACAGUAUGUUACAGUGCCAAUUUUUCUGUGAGAGAGGAGAUAUAAUUAUAUAAAACACCUACCCCCCACCCCUUUCGCCCCUUACCAAACCGUCUUUUAUGUAUUCUUUGUUUUUUGUUUGAUUUCUGUUGAGAAAAGCACAUUGUCGAAAUGUUUCCUUUACACACAGUAUAGUUGUAUGGAGUUUGCCAAUUUUUACGGAAUUGUUAUGAUCAUGAUUAAUAUUGUUAUUAUCACUAGUAUGGGGAUAUCUGCUCACAGUACUGACUGAAAAAUAUAUGACGUGUAGUGCUGCAUAAGCUUGUAUGAUAAUUAAGGGUGGGGGAAACACAUUUAUAAAUCAUGCAAUUAUUAAUACAAUGUGAGUAUUUUUUUAAAAACUAUGAUAAGGGUCGGUUUACAUGUUAUGAUCCCUUCUGUGGUUCAGGUCUCCUGCAUCAUAAACUCUUUGAUUUAUAUCAAUUUAUGAAGGAAGAAAAAUAAUCUCCUGGUACUUGAAUAGCCAUCUUAAUAGGUCUUAAACUCCUUUUACGCGAUAACCACCACCAAGACAGGAUGUUUGAUUUAACGCAAGCUGUUUUCAGGACCAUUAGUAAUUUAUUUCCGGUCUUAAAAAUAAAAACCCUGAGAGUUAUCUUCAGGGUUCAGCGCUCACUGACCUCGUAAACAAUGGUGCCAAAACUGAAAAAUUGACAUUAUAUGGCGAGAGAUGAAUAUUGCAUGGAUUUAUUUAUAUCUAUUACAGAAGAAUCAGCAAGCUAACAUGAUAUGAUAUGAGUACAAUUGCCUCUUUGUAGACUUCCGGGUGCUAUUCCCGCACAUGAUUUUCAAUGGGAACGGGAUCUGUAGACGUGUGCAGCUGUAUGUAUCGAUGAGUAGAGCUGACUCUCUUGGGUUAAAGCAUUUAGGUGGAAGGCUUUGUAAAUCCUUCAUGGAUGGAAUGAAUAAAAGGACAAAAAAGAAACCAGAA